AUGACUUCAAAUAAAGCAAAACGUUAUUUACAAAAUAAAAUUGCCAUUGAACAGCAUACAUUUUUAUCGCCGCCACUGUCAACAACACAUCAAGAUGUUGAACAACAAAAAAGAUCAUAUAAAUUUACAAGUCGUCGAACAUCAUAUCAAAAACAGGAUUUGAUACCACCAAUUAUUUGUGUUGAUAAAUCAACAGAUAAUGAGCAAGAAGAUGAUGAUGAUGAUGUUGACGAUGUAGAUGAUGCAAAUAGUAUCUUAGAUGAAUUUGAUCGUGUUUUAGAUAAUGAAUUAAUUAUGCCAACGUCAAAUGUUCAUCGUACAUUUUCAUUGAAACAACAAUCACAAGAACAUCUUGCUAUUUUAAAUCAGCCUAGAAGUUUUUCAUUUGCUCUUGGCUCAUCGACAACAAAUUUAGAUGAUUCUUCUUCAUCAUCUUCUUCUACCGCCUCCUCGACCUCAUCUCCUGUAAAAUUAAACCUUCCAUCACAAGCAGAACGUUCUAACAGUGGAAAAACAAGUUUAUCAAAAGAAACAUUUUCACGUUUAUUAGCCUCAUUAGCGUUUCGUCAAACAAAACGACCGUCAAUUAAUCGAACAGUACAAACGUCUCAGACAUGUCUAUCGUGUCAAAAUCAAACAUAUUUACAAUUACAACCAAAACAUAAAAAACGGCCAUCGAUAUUUGGUGUUCUCGUAGCGAAAUUGUCGGCAAAUACUGAUACGUCUACAUCUGAUUCACCAACCUCGAAGCAUUGUCAUUUAUGUAAAAAAGGUUUAACAAAAUCAAUAUUUUAUAAUCAAGUUUUAAGCGAUGAUCAACAUUCAAUGUCAACAUCAUCGGUUGAACAACAACCGCAAAAACCAGAUAUUGAAUCUUCUUCACCCACUGUCGAUAUUAAUAAAAAUUAUUCAUCAUCAUCGUUAUCGAAAAAAAGUCGUCUUAAUCUAAAUACUCGAACAAAACGUCGUCGUAGUUUACCAUCAUUAUUUCAUAGUCUAUUCGAUUCUGAUUCACUUGAAAAUAAAUCGACUCGUCUUAUUAUUGAUUCAUCAUCAUCGUCACAACGUCUAUCUCAUCAUCAUCAACAACAAUUACCAUCAUUUUCAAGUAUACUAACAAAUAGUUUACUCGAUAGUAUAGCACGUGAUACAACAACAAACCGUCCAUUAACCAAAGUACGAAGUACUAAUUUAUUAAAUCAAAAAAUAACCAUUACAACAGCUCAUUCUUCCUCUUCAUCAAUAUCGAGUAUUUCAAGUAUAAAUGAUGAUGAUAAUGACGCUAAUGUCACAACAGAAUUAAAACAUCAUAUCACAAAAAAUGAUAAUCAAGCUACAGAUUUACAGAUGAGUCUGAACGGUGGUCAAAAUAUUAACAACGAAAUGAACAAUCAGCGAGUAGAAGAAAAGAAAGGCGAACUGGGAUUAGUUAAAGUCAAAACUCCCGAACAAGUAGAGGCGGCUACAAUGGCUGAAUUAAAUGCAGUCAAUUCUCAAAUGUCAAUCGGCAAUGAUGGAUUAUUAUCUCUACCUGAGUAUGUCUUCAACGCUUAAUUUUGAAAUUUUAGCCUGAGUGGGAAAGGUCCGCAACGUUAGAUACUUUUUUCCGAGAUAUCGUUAACAUCCAUGGUCAAGUAAAAUAAUAAUCAAGUGUAAGAAGUAACUAAAAAUGAGAAAUAGCGCCAUCUGUCGAGUUCAAAUAGUAAUGACACAAUUUGACAAUAUGACGCUAUUAGAGGAGAUCUUAAAGUUACGAAAAUAUAUUCAUAUCUGUAGACCUUCGUAAUGUUUCUGUAACUUGCUUGAGGUAUUGACUGAAAUGUGCAUCGCAUGUGAAAGUUUCUGAAUUGGGUGCUUCGACACAGAUCCACCCACUUUAUACAGAGCAUCUUGCCGCGAAAUUUCACUUUGCGCAUCGUGUACAGCAUCAAAAAUAAUCUAAAGGUCUCGCUUACCCUUUUUGAAAAGCCUGUGGAAAGUGGUUUUCUAGACACCUCAAGUUUUUGGUGAGGGGAGACCGAAGUCGGUGAAAAUGAACGAAACAUUGCAUAAUUAUACAUCAAAUUGUAGCUCUUGACGAGUUGAUUCUAAUGGUGAAGGAAUUCGGUCUCGAUCUAACUUUACAUUCGAGUGAUACUCAAUU